AUGGCCGGUUUCAUCAAAGAGACGCCCGCAGGGCAGUUCCUUCGACUGCUUGGCUUCCAGUCAGGUCUCUUGUACUCUGAAGAGAAACCCGGCUUUGAGCCUGCUGGCCUCCCUGUCGUCUGCGAACCUGCACUGUCUCCCACUGAAAGUGACCUGGAGAAAACCCUGUCCAAGCUCUCCACCACCAUCCGCGCAGCUGAGAAGGACGUCACACUGCCUCCCUCGAACAGAGACGCAAUCAUUGUAUCCUGGACCGAGAACGAUCCCGAGAACCCUCGCAAUUGGCCGCAGGGUAAGAAGACGUGGACCCUCGUGGUGGUCAACCUGUAUACCUUCUGCGUCUACUGCACGGCCUCCAUCAUCACGCCCACCGCGGGAGCCAUCCAGCAGCGAUAUGGUGUAUCGAUUGUGGUCGCAAGUCUGGGGCUGUCCCUGUACGUUGUUGGUUACGGCCUGGGUCCCAUGUUUUUCUCUCCCACCAGCGAGAUCCCUAGCAUCGGACGGAACCCGCCUUAUCUCUAUUCCUUUGUGGCAUUCUUCGUCGUGUCCAUUGCGCUCGCUUUCGUCGACAACUUCCCUGCCAUCAUCGUCCUCCGAUGGCUGCAGGGUCUUUUUGGAAGCCCGGCUUUGGCCAGUGGCGCGGCGUCCAUCGAAGACAUAUACGACAUUUACAGCGCGCCGUAUGGCUAUGUGUGGUGGGUUGCAGCCAUGUAUUGUGGUCCUGCGGUUGGGCCGCUGAUGGCUGGAUACGCUGUUCCUCACGAUUGGAGGUGGCCGCUCUACGAAGUCAUCAUCAUGUCGGGCAUCAUUCUCUUCCUCCUACCCUUCCUGCCGGAGACCUACCCCGGCACCAUCCUCCUUAACCGAGCAAGACGACUCCGCAAAGUGACGGGAGACGACCGAUACCGUGCCGAGAGUGAACUGCACCCCAUCCCGUUCCGGGCGCUCCUCUGGGAAGCUCUCGUCCGGCCAUUGGAGAUCACCAUCAAGGACCCUGCGGUACUCUACGCGGCACUCUACGGCGGCCUUGUCUACGCCACAUACUACUCCUUCUUCGAGGCCUUCCCGCUCGUCUACCUAGGCACCUACGAAAUGUCUCUCGGCCAGCUCGGACUGAUAUUCCUCGGCUUGAUGACGGGCUGCAUCGUCGGUCUGGCCUGCUACUACAUCUACCUACGCCGGUGGUUCAUCCCGCGGGCUCGAAAAUACCACGCCGACAAGGGCAAGGCUGUCGAACAGGAAGAAUGGCUCCGGCCAGGCCUGGCGGGCGUGUGGGGCCCCCCGAUCGGUCUGCUGUUGUUUGCCUGGACGGCGCGCGCGGACGUGCACUGGAUCGCGCCCACGAUCGGCAUCAACAUCUGGGCCGCCGGCAGCUUCUGCAUGUUCCAGAGCAUCAUCUGCUACAUCGCGCUGGCGUACCCGAAAUACGUGGCCUCGCUGUUCGCCGCCAACGACUUUGCCCGCUCUAUGCUGGCCGCGGGCUUCGUGCAGUUCUCCCGCUCCAUGUACCUCGAUCUCGGCAUCGGGAAGGGUGUCACCGUCAUUGCGGGCCUGUCGGGCGUCGGCGUCGCGGGUAUGUACGGGUUGUAUUACUUUGGGGGGUUUCUUAGGGCGAAGAGUAAGUUUACGGGGUGA